GAGUGGUUAACCUACAUACCUAAUACAAUGUUCCUCGUAUUACUUCAUCAUUCACACCCACUGGCUAAUUUAUUUUAUGCUAUAACCACCUGAAUGGUUUCACUAAAACAACCCUCAGAAAAUGCCCACAUCUUUCACUCAAGAAAAAAGCUUUUCAUUGGAGUUCCCAAAUAUGCUUAAUUAGCUCUAGGUUAACACAAUCUUACACACUGCACCAAAUAAUGAAUGUGUAAACCAAUAUUCCAUGAUAAACCAACUAUAUCAGCUAAGCACUAAAUUGCAACUAAAAUACAUAGCCAAGUAAAGUGAAUAACACAUUGACUGCUUAUCUCAAGCUAUUAUUAUGUUUUGUAGGAAAAACAUAUGCCUUUCCUGUAGAUAAUGAAUUAUCCUCAUGUGCUAGUUAGUCCCAUUCCCUAUUGACAUCCUGAGCAGUUUACUACAUUUGUUUUAAUCUACACUCUAAUAAAAUUAAUUCAUCAAAAUGUCUGUUAUGGAAUCAAACAACCACCAGAAAGCUCAAACAGAAAUUGCUACAAUGUCGUUGGACAAUAUGUUCUGCACCCGUUGUGGGGACGGGUUUGAAUCUAAUGAGAAGAUUGUCAACUCUAACGGAGAACUCUGGCAUACCAACUGUUUUGUAUGCGCCCAAUGUUUCCGUGUGUUCCCUGACGGUGUGUUCUAUGAGUUUGAGGGUCGCAAGUACUGCGAGAGGGACUUCCAGGUGCUCUUCGCCCCGUGCUGCGGGAAAUGUGGCGAGUUCGUCAUCGGCCGCGUGAUCAAGGCGAUGAACUCCAACUGGCACCCGAACUGCUUCCGCUGCGAAGAGUGUGACCUGGUGCUGGCGGAUGCCGGCUUCAUCAAGCACGGCAACCGUGCGCUGUGCCACGCCUGCAACGCUAGAGUCAAGGCUGAUGGACUGCAGAACUACAUGUGCCAUAAGUGCCACGGCGUGAUCGACGGCGAGCCGCUCCGUUUCCGCGGGGAGGUGUACCACGGCUACCACUUCUCGUGCGCCACGUGCAGCGUGGAGCUCGACCACACGGCCAGGGAGGUCAAGAGCCGGCCCGGGUACGCCGCUAAUGAUGUCAACAACCUGUUCUGCCUGCGCUGCCACGACAAGAUGGGCAUCCCGAUCUGCGGCGCGUGCCGCCGGCCCAUCGAGGAGCGCAUCGUCACCGCGCUCGGGAAGCACUGGCACGUCGAGCACUUCGUGUGCGCAAAAUGCGAGAAGCCGUUCCACGGGCAGCGGCACUACGAGCGGCGCGGGCUGGCGUACUGCGAGCUGCACUACCACCAGCUGUUCGGCAACAUGUGCCACGUGUGCAACCAGCGCGUGGCGGGUGACGUAUUCACCGCCCUGAACAAAGCCUGGUGCGUGCACCACUUCGCUUGCUCGGUCUGCGACGCGCCGCUCUCCACUCGCUCCAAGUUCUACGAGUGCGACGAGCGGCCCGCGUGCCGCCGCUGCUACGAGAAGUUCCCCGUGGAGCUGCGGCGGCGCUUGCGUCGCGCCAGAGAGUAUACCGUGCGCAGGAACUAGUUCUGGCGGUUGGCGGUAGAUGGCGCUGGUUGGGGGGUUUUGGACGGGUUGGUCGGUACACUAGAAGCCAGUUUCGAUAACUCUAUCUACCUACUAUUUUGACAUAUUAAAAGUUUCAAUCUGUUAAAAUCGUAUGAAAGUAACUGUCAGCUAUCGAUAGAUAGAGUUAUUGAAACUGGCAGUAGGAUUUUUUGGGACAUACAAUGGGCUCCCUUGGUGGUGUCCGCCGUGAUGGCUGGGCAAUAUAGUAAGUUGGAGUUUGCCUAAUUUAACUUCAUCGUUGAUGACCAAUCCAGUACCAUUAUUUGAUGCCGUGCCGAUAGAUGAAGCUGGUUAAAGAUAAGCAUGUAAUUUGACUAACUAAUAAUAAUAAGUUUCAUAGAAUAAUGUCGGGUUUCCGUCCUAACCCGUAUACAAUGCCUACAUAGUUGAUUGUGACAAGUAUUUGAAAGUGCAGAAAAGUAUAAAAGAUUGCAUUUAGCUAAUCACAGUGCCUUGUAAAGUGCCAUUCACUAUACAACAUAGCUAAGCUAGUAAAAAAAAACGUUAUUUUCGGUAUCAAAACCUUUUUUGAAUAACCAAAGUACCUACGUAAACUACUAAUGAAUGCAUUAAUAACUGUAAUGUUUUGUUGUUACGAGUAUAACGCUGUUAAUUUGUAAGUGCCUUAAUAAUUAAUGAAUUGUAUUUUAUAAGAAUGUAUUGGAAAACUUAAUUUAAAAAUAUAUUUGAAUCUAAUAACUUGUA